AUGGUGGAAGACUACGAUGAAAACACUGAAUACGAUGGCGUAGAUGAGUAUUAUGAGGAGGAAUUUCCUCAGCCCAUGGACGUGAAGGAGACACCAAAAGUGGUGGCACUCCGCGAUCAGGUGGCAACUCAGCAGCAGAAACUUGACACCCAUGAGGGUAAUAUCGCCACCCUACAGGAGAUAGUUAACACCAUGAGGGCUACUCUAGCAGCACAAGGGUUGCGAGUGUGCCCCUAUGGCAAAGUGCCAACUAGGCAGCCAGCUGGUGUGCCACCUGUGCACCCAGCUGAAGUGCCACCUGUCGACCCAGUCGGUGUGCCUCCCGAGCACCCAACUGAUGUGGCACGAGAUCCACCAGCAGGCGUGCCCCCCGUUCACCCAGCUGGAGUUGGAACCCCACCUGUGCCAUAA